AUCGAAGCCGGAAUAAAUGCGAUUAAGUCUGCCUCGGCAAGUGUAUCGUCUACGCUUGAUUCCCUACUUGGUGAUGGUGCAAAAGAUACCACGGAGCAACAUCUGAGCCAUUUUUAUGAUGUUAACUGCAGUAUUUGCUUGGCAAAACAGAAAUCACAGGCCGAACAAGAACGAAAGGAGAGAGAAGAGAAAGAGAGGCAACGAUUGGAGGAAAAGAGGUUCAGACAGAUGCUCCCUGUGGAAAAGUGCCUCGCAUACACAAGACAUGAACCGCUGACUCUGCUUGAUUCUGAUUAUAGAAAUGCAAUCAAGAAACCAUCAUACGAGGAAGAGGUCAAACGGAUACAAAGCCCAGAGAGUACGGGUGCAGCUUGUGCGUCGGAUGAGGAAUACGCUGGUUCAUACGAUGGUGGCCCCGGUGGAGAUUCACCGAUUUUCCAAGAUUCCUACGAUGUAGUCAACGUGGAGCCUCGUUUCUAA